AUGCUGCAAUCGCCAUAUCUUCGCUACCUCGCGUGGUUCAUCGUCGCAUACGGAGGUUAUCGCUACCUGAAACGACUAGUCUUGAUUUUUGCUAGUCCGUUAGCUAGAUUGCCAGGUCCAAAAUAUCCAUUCUUCUUGGGACCGCUCUCUCUGCUCGUCGAUAAACGCUUUGCUCAACAAAAAGGAUUCGAGAUUCAUGAAGAAUGGCACCGUCAAUACGACAGCAAGGUUAUCCGCAUUGGGCCUCAAUCUGUAUCCGUAAACGAUGCUGCUCUCGUGCACGAGAUCCUAGUCACAAAGGACUUGCCAAAAUCUAAGAUUUACGACCAGCUCGUUGCUCCUGGAAGAAAACACGAUGUAUUGACUGUACAGGACAAACACAACCACAAGUUUCUUCGACGAUUCUUGUCCCCUGCCUUCUCAAUCAAGUAUUUGAAUGGCCUUGAAAAGUAUAUGGCGGACUUGUUUCAGAAACUGGCUACAAAACUUGAAAGGCGGGCUAAAGAAAGUAGUAGCGGAGAGACUACCAUAAAUAUUUGGAAGGAGACUAAAGCUUAUUCUGUGGAUGUGAUAGGAGAGACAGCAUUCGGAAAUUCAUUUGGAGCUGUUGAGACUGGCAAAGCACCAAUUGUAGACAUCUUGGAACGUGGAUUACGAGCCUUUGCAAUAAUCACAAUCUUCCCAUUCUUGAAAUAUAUGCCAUUUUUACCCAUGAUGAAGAAGGCGAAAGAAGGACAAGAUACAAUCAACGACUACAUGACCAAUCUCGUCAAGGAACGUCGUGAUGGGACAGUUUAUCGAGACGAUAUAAUGCAAAUCAUGAUUGACGGACUAGACCCAGACUCUGGUGAAAAGAUGCAAGAUCCUCUCAUAAUGCAAACCGCCAUACUAUUUAUCAACGCCGGCUCUGAUACCACUGGUGCUACUAUGGCAUAUACUCUAAUCGAGCUAGUUAGAAACCCAGAAUGCUUAGCCAAAGUGGAAGCUGAAGUAUUGGCUGUACCCGUUGAUCCAACCACUGGUCUUAUAACCGCAUCAACAGCAAAAGGUUUUACUUAUCUGAACUCCUGCAUAAAUGAGACGUUGAGGCUGGCCCCUGUAGCUACUGGAGUUAUACGAAGUACUAGAGACCAAGAAGUUACACUGUCAGAUGGUACAUUCUUGCCCAAGGAAACCGAUAUUAUGAUACCGAUCUGGGCUAUCCAUCGCGGUUCGAUUUGGGACGAACCAGACCGCUUCAACCCUGACCGAUUCACGAAACUAGCAGAGGAAGGAGUAACCAAUGGGGAUGCAAACAACUGGACUUGGAGUCUGAUUCCCUUUUCAUCAGGAAGCCGCAACUGUGUUGGGAAACAAUUCGCAAACAUGGAAAUGUUGCUCUUUUUAUCCAACUUUAUCCGGUCCUUUGAGAUUCGAGAUGCAAACCCAAGUCAAAGUACUGAGAAGGCUGCGUUUGUUACUCUGACUUUGGCUGGAACUCCCAACGGCUGGAAGGCUAGCUUACCAUACAAGACCCACAAUGUUCAAAUGCAAAAGAAUGAACAAAAGACUGAAUGGUUUACUAAAAUCAAUCCCAACGGGCGCAUUCCAGCUAUGGUGGAUCACAGCAAGGGCGGCAAGGAUGGAUUUGCCGUCUUUGAAUCUGGUGCAAUCUUACUAUACCUUGCUGAGCACUAUGAUCCAAAACAUAUCUUAUUACCAGCAGACCCUUUGAAGCGCAGUCAAGCUAUUCAAUGGAUUAUGUGGCAAAUGGGCGGUCUUGGACCCAUGCAAGGUCAAGCCAAUCACUUUUCGGCAAGUCGAUACGCUCCAGAAAAGAUUCCAUAUGCCAUCAAGAGAUACCAAGAUGAAACCAGACGACUCUACCAAGUUUUGGACACCCACUUGAAAGAGACCGGCAACGAAUACAUUGUUGGAGAGUUCAGCGCUGCUGAUAUCAUCAAUAUUGGCUGGAUUGGUCUUCAUGAUUGGGCUGGCGUUUCGUUAGAUGGCUUGCAACAUUUACAAAAAUGGAUGGAUCGAAUGCUUCAAAGACCCGCUACGCGUAAGGGGUUGGAUGUGCCGGGAAAGAAUCCAAUGAUCCAUGGGCAGACUCAAGAAGAGCUCAAGAAACGUGAGGAAGGGGGUCGUGCCUUGAUUGCUCAACAGUUGAAGGAGAUUGAAGAGAAGAAGAAGCAGAGUAAAUUGUAG